CAGCAGUGGCGAAGCAGCAAAUUUUUAGUGAAUAAAACACAUUUUACUCGUGGAAAGUAACAAAAACAACAAAGCUGCUCGAGUUAGCUUAUUAAUUUUUUGCGCAUUUAAUAUCCAACAAGCAAAACCAGCAACAAGAACAAGAACAAGAACAACUUGCAACAUGUCCAGCUUGCCACGUCGCAUCAUUAAGGAGACUCAGCGUCUUAUGCAGGAGCCGGUGCCCGGCAUCAAUGCCAUACCCGAUGAGAAUAAUGCGCGCUAUUUCCAUGUAAUUGUCACCGGACCCAACGACUCGCCCUUCGAGGGUGGCGCCUUCAAGCUGGAACUCUUCCUGCCCGAAGACUAUCCCAUGUCGGCGCCCAAGGUGCGCUUCAUAACCAAAAUCUAUCAUCCCAACAUCGAUCGCCUCGGACGCAUUUGCCUCGACGUGCUGAAGGACAAAUGGAGUCCUGCCCUACAAAUCCGCACCAUACUCUUGUCCAUACAAGCGCUGCUCAGCGCUCCCAAUCCCGACGAUCCGCUGGCCAACGACGUGGCCGAGCUCUGGAAGGUGAACGAGGCCGAGGCCAUACGCAAUGCACGAGAAUGGACCCAAAAGUAUGCCGUCGAAGACUGAAGUGGCGCCACCAAGCGGCAUGCUUGGGCAGGAACUGCGAUUCAUCACAUACACGGACUGGCUUCAGCUUUGAAAAGUUGUGUAUGGCAUGUAAAUUUUUUUUUUUUUGUUUUCUCUUGGGUGGGUUUCUUUUCGAGAGAGAGAGAGAGAGAUGUGCUGAU